AUCGACAACAGGAAGGCACGGUGGCCUCUCCGGGCUAUCCACUCUGCGACCGGAUCCAUCGGCGGGCCGCUUACAUAAUCUCACACAUAGCUCUUGUCUUAUCGAUAAGAUAUCACCAGGCAAGCGCUUGGAUGGUGGGGUAACUACCUGUAUCAACGUCUCCAACUUAACGCGAACCUCAACUACAUCUUCGCGAUCGCCACCUCCUGUAAGCAGAUCCUGCUCACGUGGAACCGAGCAGACACAAUGGAGACAGCUCUCAAGUCGUGGGAGCUCGACAACAACGUCAAGUUGGUCGACCCCAAACGCGACGCCCUCUAUGACCUCGACCUCGAUGCCCAGAGAGAAGCUAUGAGCGCCCGGCCCUGGGCUGCCAACCCGAAUCACUUCAAGAACGUCCGUAUCAGCGCCGUUGCCCUCAUCAAGAUGGUGAUGCAUGCCCGUUCGGGCGGCAACCUCGAGAUCAUGGGUCUGAUGCAGGGGUACGUCAAUGGUGACACCUUCAUUGUCACGGACGCCUUCCGGUUACCCGUCGAGGGAACCGAGACCCGCGUAAACGCUCAGGGCGACGCUGAGGAGUACAUGGUCGAGUACCUGAGCCUGUGCCGCGAACAAGGCCGCAUGGAGAACGUUGUCGGAUGGUACCACUCCCACCCGGGCUAUGGCUGCUGGCUGUCCGGCAUCGAUGUCAGCACGCAAGCCCUCCAGCAGCAGUUCCAGGAGCCCUUCCUUGCUGUCGUCAUUGACCCCGACCGCACCAUCAACGCCGGAAAGGUGGAGAUUGGGGCCUUCCGGACGUACCCCGAGAACUACAUCAAGGAGAAGGAGGGCAGCAGCGGGGGCGUCACGAGCGACGGUUGGCAGGAGGUGCCCCUGGCCAAAGCGGCAGAAUUUGGCGCGCACGCGAACAAAUAUUACAGCCUAGAAGUGUCCCACUUCAAGAGCACGCUCGAGUCCCACCUGCUGGAGCUGCUGUGGCACAAGUACUGGGUGCAGACGCUGAGCCAGAGUCCGCUCAUCACGAACCGCGACUACGGCAACAAACAGAUGCUCGAUCUCGCAUCGCGUAUCAAGGAAGCCACGACACAAGUAGCACGACAGGCCCGCGGCGCCUCCGGGCCCAACGCCAUCGGUGCGGGAGGCAGGAAGGUCGACGGGUUGAUUGAGAAACUCGUCAAGGACAGCAACACGGUGGCGUCGCAGGAACGGACCGGACUGGUGGCGAUGGAUGUCAAGAAGAAGAUCUUUAACGGCGUGAGCGCGAAUUCGUUGUGAAGGUGGAGAUGUUGAUAUUAUUACUUGCCCUCGCCAGAGGAUUUGUACGAAGCCCUGUGGGCACGAUAGAUGGCGUUCAGAGGAUAGGGAGGGCGUUGGCCCUGAAAUGACGACACGAUUUUGAGCCGCACCUCUGAUGCUUGGCUGACUGAUGUUGCUCCCGGAUUUGAGCUCUCGUCCUCAAAUUCCCAAAAGGAUGGUGCCGCCUAGCUUUGCUCACGAUUGGACUGCCCGGUCCAACUCAUAGGACAGAGCCUCGUCAUAAUCCUUUUAUCACAAAGCUGCCUCCCCAGACGGUCCGAUGACGUGGAUUUCAGACGAGAAGCUUUCCAUCAUCAUGUUGAGAUGGCAUGUCCGCAGGUGGCUAGGUGCCUCCUCAACUACAUGGUCAGACCUAAUGCUACAUUGCCGCG